UCGCAAGGCUUCCCAUGUUGGAGCACCAGCGGCAAUCCCGGGUGGGACGCACCGCUACGGCGCCUUUAAAGCUUGGUGGCGUGCCGGGGGUGGGGCGGAGAACUACAAGCCCCACAAUGCUGCGCUUCAUCCCUGAUUUCUGAUUGGCUGCGGUGCGUUUCCCGCUUUUCCAUCACUUCCGGUCUCGAAUUGGCGGUUGCGGCGGGCCGAGGCCGCGGGACUCCGCGGGCCCGGGAUCCAGCGGCUGCCAUGAACUUCUCGGAGGUGUUCAAGCUCUCCAACCUGCUCUGCAAGUUCUCCCCCGACGGCAAGUACCUGGCCUCCUGCGUCCAGUACCGGUUGGUGGUUCGCGAUGCCAGCACCCUUCAGAUCCUCCAGCUGUACACGUGCCUGGACCAGAUCCAGCACAUCGAGUGGUCGGCCGACUCGCUCUUCAUCCUGUGCGCCCUCUACAGGCGGGGGCUGGUGCAGGUGUGGUCUUUGGAGCAGCCGGACUGGCACUGCAAAAUAGAUGAGGGCUCUGCGGGGCUGGUGGCUUCCUGCUGGAGCCCAGACGGGCGGCACAUCCUCAACACAACAGAGUUCCACCUGCGGAUAACUGUCUGGUCCUUAUGCACGAAGUCUGUGUCCUACAUCAAAUACCCUAAAGCUUGUCAGCAGGGAAUAACCUUUACCAGGGACGGCCGCUACCUGGCCUUGGCGGAGAGACGGGACUGCAGGGACCACGUGAGCAUCUUUGUCUGCAGCGACUGGCAGCUCCUGCGGCACUUUGAGACGGACACACAGGACCUGGCGGGGAUCGAGUGGGCCCCCAACGGAUGCGUGCUGGCGGCCUGGGACACCUGCCUGGAGUACAAGAUCCUGCUCUACUCCCUGGACGGCCGGCUGCUGUCCACCUAUUGCGCCUACGAGUGGUCCCUGGGCAUCAAGUCGGUGGCUUGGAGCCCCAGCAGUCAGUUCCUGGCAGUCGGGAGCUACGACGGAAAGGUGCGUGUUCUCAACCACGUGACAUGGAAGCUGCUCGCAGAGCUGGGGCAUCCUGCGGCCGUCAGCAGCCCUAGCACAGUGGUGUACAGGGAGGCAGAGAAGAGCCCGCCGCUGGCGCUGGGCCGCCUGGCCUUCCCUCCACCCAGAGCCCCGGCCAGUCCCCGGGCCUCCACAGAGAGCAAAUAUGAGAUCGCCGCGGUGCCGGCCUCCCUCCGGACUCUGAAACCCACGACAGACAGAGCCAACCCGAGGAUGGGCAUCGGGGCCCUGGCCUUCAGUCCGGACAACUACUUCCUGGCCACGAGGAGCGACAGCAUCCCAAGCGCCGUCUGGAUCUGGGACGUCCGGAAGCUGAGGCUCUUCGUGGUGCUGGAGCAGCUGUCGGCUGUGCGCUCCUUCCGGUGGGACCCGCGGCAGCCCCGGCUGGCCAUCUGCACAGGGGGCAGCCAGGUGUACCUGUGGUCGCCGGCAGGCUGCAUGUCAGUGCAGGUGCCCGGGGAAGGCGACUUUCAGGUGCUCUCCCUGUGCUGGCACCCGAGCAGGGACUCCCUGGCUCUCCUCAGCAAGGACCACUUCUGCCUGUGCUUCCUGGAGGCUGAGGAGGGGGUCGGCACAGCCCUCGGGCAGCAGGACGACCACACAUAGAGGCUGGGCGCGAAUGGGCCCUGUGGCUCCUAUCGGCCACGGGAAAGGAACGGAGCUUCUGGGGCAAGUUCCCCUCCCGGACAGGCCAGAGGAAAUGGUUUGCUUUUAUUUUUCUAGAGCAAGGCAUUUUUGUAAAUAGGUGUGGCAUGCAACUGUAAUUUUUGUUAUUUAAAGUAAAUAUUUGCUAAUUCA